UGUCAUAAAUAUCAUUAGAAAUUCGUGUCACGUUGUUUUUUCUCUUUUGGUGAUUUUUAGUUUAGUUUAUCUACAUAAUACAAAUCCAACAUGAAAUUAAUUAGAAAUUUAUCUGUUAUUAGGACCAUUGGUGUCAGAUGUUACAGCACACCAGUUACCCACGUACACGCACGACAAAUUUUCGAUUCACGAGGAAAUCCCACGGUCGAAGUUGAUUUAACAACCAAAGACGGCCUUUUCAGAGCUGCCGUACCAUCAGGAGCCAGUACAGGUAUCCAUGAAGCUUUAGAGUUGCGUGAUAAAGUGAAAGAAGAUUACAUGGGUAAAGGUGUAUUGAAAGCGGUUUGUAAUGUGAUAAACGAAAUUGGACCAAAAGUAGUCGAAUCAAAAUUAGAUGUAAUUGAGCAGCAAGCACUCGACGAAUUAAUGAUAAAAUUUGACGGAACAGAAAAUAAAUCCAAAUUCGGCGCAAACGCGAUUUUAGGAGUUUCGAUGGCGAUUUGUAAAGCGGGGGCGGCAUCAAGAAAAGUUCCCUUAUAUAAACACAUUGGCGAUUUGGCCGGAAAUGACAAAUUCAUACUUCCCGUACCUUCUAUGAAUGUUAUCAACGGUGGAUCCCACGCUGGUAAUAAAUUAGCUAUGCAGGAAUUUAUGAUACUUCCGACUGGAGCAACAUCAUUUACACAUGCUAUGAAAAUGGGAUCUGAAGUUUAUCAUCAUUUAAGAGCCGUAAUAAAAGCUAAAUUUGGUUUAGAUGCAACGGCGGUUGGUGAUGAAGGUGGAUUUGCUCCAAAUAUUCAAGAUAAUAAAGAAGGAGUUCACUUAUUAAAUGAAGCUAUUGCUAAAGCUGGAUAUACGGGAAAAGUUGGUAUCGGUAUGGAUUGCGCAGCAUCGGAAUUUUUAAAAAAUGGCAAAUAUGAUUUGGAUUUUAAAAACCCCAAAUCUGAUCCUUCAAAAUAUAUUGACUCAAAAGCGCUUCAAUCGCUUUACGAAGAGUUUAUUAAAGAGUUUCCUAUUGUAUCCAUUGAAGAUCCAUUUGAGCAAGAUGAUUGGGACGCUUGGGCAAGAUUUAAUGGUUCAACUAAAAUUCAACUCGUCGGUGACGAUCUUUUGGUAACGAAUCCGAAAAGAAUUGCCACGGCUAUAGAGAAAAAAGCGUGUAAUGCUCUUUUAUUGAAAGUUAAUCAAAUCGGAUCUAUCACCGAGUCAAUUUGCGCUCAUCUUAGAGCUAGAGCAAAUGGAUGGGGUACUAUGGUUUCCCAUCGAUCAGGUGAAACCGAAGAUACAUUUAUUGCAGAUAUGGUGGUUGGGUUAGCGGCCGGACAAAUCAAAACUGGAGCUCCUUGUAGAUCCGAACGUUUAGCUAAAUAUAAUCAAUUGCUUAGAAUUGAAGCCGAACUUGGUAAAGACGCCUGUUAUGCAGGAAAGAGAUUCAGAAUGCCAGUUUAGGGAUUUUUUUGUGUAAAUUUAUUUUUUACCUGUCUAUUUCUAUGAUGAUAAAUAAACGAUAUUUCUAGUGAUAUU